AUGCCAUCCGUCGCAAUCGCGGGUGCCGGUCUUGUCGGAGCACUAAAUGCGUGUUUCUUUGCUCAAAAAGGAUGGGAUGUGUCUGUGUACGAGUUCCGUAAAGAUAUUCGAACAAUGAAACAUGUCCAGGGACGUAGUAUUAAUUUGGCAUUGAGUCAAAGAGGAAAAUCUGCACUUGAAGCAGUUGGAUUGAAAGAAUAUAUUGUAAAUCAAGGAGUUCCAUUGUAUGCAAGACUUAUACAUAAUAAAGAUGGGAAAACGUACAGCAGGCAACCAUAUGGAAAACCAGGAGAGCAUAUUGUAUCCAUCAAUCGUCGGCAUUUAAAUGAAGUGAUGAUUACUCAAGCAGAAAAGUCUCCAAACGUCAAAUUUUUCUUUGAGCACAAAGUGAAAAAUGUUGACUAUGAUAAGAAGCAGCUAGUAGUACAAUGUACAUCUCAACCGUCGAAGAUACCUACUUUUGGUAAUAAAUCCCCACCACAAGAGCAUGCUGAGUUCCACGUGGAAGCUGACCUCAUUCUUGCAUGUGAUGGAGCUUAUUCUGCUGUUCGAAGAAGUCUUAUGACCAUUCCGAGAUUUGACUUUUCCCAAGAAUACAUUGAACAUGGAUAUGUAGAGUUAAAUAUAAUGGCAAAUAACAAUGAAUUUGCCUUCGAAGAGAAUGUCUUCCAUUUGUGGCCACGAGGUCAUUUCACUUUGAUUGCAUUGGCUAAUAGGGAUAAAACUUUUACUGUAACAAUAUUUGCGCCUUUCUCGGAAUUUGAGAAACAUAUGUCGACAUCAGAAGAUGUACUUUCAUUCUUUGAAGAAAACUUCCCAGAUGCAUUUUUAUUACUUGGAAAGGAACACAUAGCAGAUACAUUUAAUCGAGUAAAACCACAACCUCUUGUUUCAAUCAAAUGUUCACCUCAUUCAUUCUUCGAUAAUCUCGUUCUAAUGGGAGAUGCUGCUCAUGCAAUGGUUCCUUUUUACGGACAGGGAAUGAAUUGUGGCUUUGAGGAUUGUCUUGUGUUUAGUGAAACACUCGAGGAGUACGGAAAUGAUAUUGCCAAAGCAGUCAAAGUCUACUCAGACGGUCGAGUCAACGAUGCUCAUUCCAUUAAUGAUCUUGCAAUGUACAACUACGAAGAACUCAAGGAUCUUGUGAAUAAAAGCUCCUACAAACUUCGUAAAAAGUUUGAUACAAUCAUGAACUCAAUAUUUCCAAAAAGCUGGAUUCCAUUGUACUCUAUGGUUACUUUCUCACGAAUUCCAUACUCGGAAGUAAUUGAAAGAAGAAAAAGGCAAGAUAAGAUUCUGUCAAGAAUAAUGACAACUACAUCUACAUUAGCUUUGAUUGGGGCUGCUGCUGGUAUUUAUGUGAAUAGAGGAAAACUUGGUUUAUAGCUUUUAUUGUUUAAUGAUGCGUGUUUUUUAGAAAGUUCAAAAAAAUCUGAUGAUAAAUUUUUACAAGA